AUGCUCAGCGCAUCACCUCAUCAUGAUUGCGCCGAGCGGAUGCACGGCGUGCGUGAUGCGGUGCGCGCCGUGCAAGUGAUUCUCGGCGCAUCACCUCAUCGUGUUCAAGUCGAGCGGAUGCACGGCGUGCGUGAUGCGCUGCGCGCCGUGCAAGUCAUGCUCGGCGCAAGACCAUUCCUUGCUUCGCGCAUCCCCGUGAACACACCGUGCGCAUGCGCGUCGCUAUUGCGGGGCAUGCCGUGCAUGAGACGCUUGGCGCAACCCGGCCUUGCGCCGAGCGGAUUCACGGCGCGCGCCGUUCCUUCCCUUUGCCCUCCGUUCCCUCACCCCGCCAUCCCCUUUCUCUGCCCUCCCUUCCUUCGCUCUGCCCUGCCAAAUCCCCUCUGUCAUCCCCUCGAUGUGCCCUCCCUUCCUUCACUUUGCCCGCCAUUCCCUCACAUCGCCAUUCCUGCUCUCUGCCCGACGUUCCUUCGCUCUGCCCUGUCAUUCCCCCUCUCUGUGCCCUCCUUUCCUUCUGUUUGCCCGCCAUUCUCUCACCCCACCAUCUCCUCUCAGUGCCCUCCGUUUUCUCCUUUGGCCUCCAUUCCCUAUCUCCAUCCGCCCCUCCCAGGGAAACUCGCUGCUCCUGCUCAUGUUUUCAUGCCCCACACUCUCCCUGCCCCACCCUCUCCCUAUCCGCCCCACCCUCUCCCUAUCCGCCCCACCCUCUCCCUAUCCGCCCCACCCUCUCCCUAUCCGCCCCACCCUCUUCCUUUUUUCUAA